CUAACAGUUUCCCUAGGAAAACAACAACCCUCCAUUUUUUUGGCAUAAUAUACAUCAAAGAAAGUAAAACUGAAUUUCAAAGCUUAAAUCCAAGGAGAGAUCAAAUGGCCACUACUCUCUUUUUGGCUACUCCACUUUCCCAGCCUUCUCAAUGUAGAGAAGUAAAUUGUACAGAUUUUAACAAACUUCAUAGCUCAAUAUUUGGGGAAGUGAUUAGGGGCACAAGUCUUGUUCAAAAAGGGUUUACUCAGAGCUGCAGAAAGAGGAGUGUCUCCAUCACUUCAUUGUUUGGAAGGAAAGUGAAACCAGCUAAAACUAAGCGAGAAACUGUGGUACCUGACCCUGAUUAUCGAAUACCAAUCGUCCUACUUGGUGCUGCUGGUGCUUUAAUUUAUUCCGACAAUAUAGUAGCAGCCGUGCCUGUUGGUCUUCUUGGAUUGCUUCUUUUAGUUCAGGCUACAAGAGUCAGAUUUGUCUUCGAUGACGAAGCUCUGGAAGUAAAAGUGGGUUCUGAGCUCAAGGAAUCAGGAGAAAAUGUGUUUGUUGGUGGCAAGAACCGUUGGAAGUACUCCACGUUUGUAAACUGGGAGUUCUGGUGGCCAAGUUUUCCAAUCUUGGUGUAUUUCAAAGAAACACAAACCAAGCCAGAAGGACAAAUUCACUUCUUCCCUAUUAUAUUUAAUGGAAAGCAGCUAUAUGAUGUCAUGGUUGAGCGAGCAGGUCCAUCGAAAACCAGUGGCCCAAAAACGACGUAAAAAUUUGAGCUAGCAUCUCACUGAUUUUGAGUUUAAGAUUACAACUACAAUGGUAUGUAUGACCAUUAAAAGUUGCCUACUGAACAGCCCAAUUUAUUCCCAUACUACUGCUAUGUAUUUCUGAAUGUGGCCCUUGAACAUUUUAAGAUAUCUGUUUAUAAUAUAUUUGCAACUGUAUCUAUAGACUAUAAUUCCUUCAAGACUUUAAGUUAUGGUCAUCAUUUCAUAGGGAUCUUUCCACUUGAGGAGUUUUAAGUUAUUUGUUGAAAGAAAUGUAAAUUUUGUUCAAUCUACGGACUUGAAUGUGCACUCUGUAUUUUCUCGCUUUUGAUGGAAUCGCUUUUAUUUUUGU